UAUAGAUGUCGUUAUUCAAUCGGUUAUUUCGAAGCAAGAAGACAAAUAAGGAGAAUUUGCAGCCCAGUGACUUGGACCGUGAAGAGGCUUAUCGGCGCUCACUGCGCAUGUCUUCAUCAAGGAGCGCCGGCUUCAAAGGCGAUCGGGCUCGUUUUCACGAAGACAUACCGGCGACCGCACCCUAUCACACUGUGACCGCUCCUCGUCUACACAAGGGACCAAUGAGUUGUCCGGGAGGAUAUAAAGAGAGCUACCGAAAUGACGCAAUGGAGCGGUCUUUUGAGACCGAAAUCCGAUCAUCUCGGGAUCGGCGAGAACGCGAACGACUCGAUUGUUCUGACCGAAAAUACAGAAAUAAGAGAACCACAUGGGAUACUUCUGAAUAUGGAAGCGGUGAUCCAUCUCCUCUCGGAAACUAUCCAAGAAACUCUCAUUUCAAUGAGGAAUUGGAGGAGUCUGAUGAUCAAGAAUGGAAUAUGCACGACAAAUUGAUGCAGCUAGACAACAACUGUCGAAGGUUCAUGCGGAAGUACAAGCAUGCAGAAGAACGACAUAUGUAUUACAAGGCAGAAUGGAAGAAAAUAUACAAAGCCAAAGAAGAAUCGGAAAAUGUCUUUCUUCGACAAAUUGAGCAACUUACAAAGCAACAUGACAGGGAUGUCGAAAAGAUUCGAAAGCUAGAAGCGGAACUAGCUCAUUAUCGAUAUGGGCACCUAUCAGGAACCAGUGCUUAUCCAUUUUCCAUGCCCUUGUCCACCCAUAUACAAAAUAGAAGCUCGAUGAUGCCAACACUUCCACCUCUACCAAGUAGCACUGCGACACCUUCGACCAGCGCAGUUGAAUCUAUCACAGGAGCAGGUGAGGCUCUAACAGAGCAGUGCGACCUCUCAUUGCUUCGGCCAAUUCAUUUUGACUCUUCGUUUGCUGCACGGCCCAUGACAGAUGAUGUAGACGAGACGAAGAAUUUCCGUGCACUUGUUGUAGAUGAUAAUGAGAGUUUCCUAUCUGGUGUAGAAGCCCCACGUGAAGCUCAAAACGAAAAAGCCGCUAAUCGAUCAGCUCAGGAGGAUUUGACUUUGGAUGAUGGCUAUGGUACAACCGCUGAUAAUAUCGCCCUCAAAACAACAAACGGUAGUGAUUCUAAGAAGCAUGGAAGUGAGGGAGAAUCUCGAGAUAGUUCAUCUCAACAAAGUUGACGGGUUUCACCUACUCACGAGUCUAUUUUCCAUAUCCUUCACAACUCAUGUUCCUGUUGAAAUUAUUCUAAUGUUCGAAAGCUAUCAGACAUUCGGUCUGCUAGUUGCAUUGUACUUCUUUGCAUUCUUCCUCCACAAGAUACAUUUCUACGUUUGUUUAUGACUAUUUACUCUAUGAGUUCUGUAUUUCUUA